GCACGGUGGCGUGACUCAGUUGAGGAAUAUUGACAGAAAAAGGAGGUUUUUGCGUUCUCCGAAACAUCCAGGAGACCAUGGAGUACUCCAGGAGUCUCCGAGCAUCAAUACUGGUGAUUUUACUGCAAAUAUUCCUCAUCUGUUCUGCACAGAGGGGCCCGAUUGGUCCCAGGGGGCUACCCGGCCCUCCAGGUUUUUCUGGCAUCGAUGGCAUUGAUGGAGAGAGGGGUCCAGGACCUGGUCCAGAUGGUCCUCCCGGCCCUGAUGGAGACGAUGGGAAAAAUGGUUCUAACGGACUUCCAGGAAAUCCAGGAGCAGACGGUUUGACUGGGCCUGCCGGAGAUCCUGGCCCAGUUGGGUUCGUUGGGCCAAAAGGUGAACCUGGUGAUCCUGGACCUAGAGGAAAACCUGGGGUUGGAGAGGAUGGAGAAGCUGGUGCAGAUGGCGAGGAUGGAUUGCCAGGAGAAUUGGGCAAAGCCGGACCUCCAGGCAGCCGGGGGUUGAGAGGUGCUGUUGGUCUUCCAGGACACCCUGGACUAAGAGGCCCCCCUGGUCUUUGGAAUGGUGAAGAAUUGUGUCCAAACUCCUGCACACGUGGACUGAACGGCCAUAGUGGACUACCAGGAAUGAAGGGUCACAAAGGUGUCAAAGGUGAAUCUGGAGAACCAGGAAGACAAGGACAUAAGGGUGAAGAGGGAGAACAAGGAGCCCCUGGAGACCUUGGUGCACAAGGCAAAACUGGUCCACAGGGACUAAGAGGGAUCACUGGUUUGAUGGGUCCUAAAGGUGACAGGGGCCCUCGUGGGAUAGAUGGAGUUGUGGGUGCUCAGGGCAUUCAAGGUGCUCCUGGUGAUCAAGGGCAAAGAGGCAAAGUGGGUGAGACCGGACCAAUGGGAGCUCAAGGGCUUCCAGGAGUUAAAGGCAUUUUAGGUCCACCUGGACCUAAAGGAGAACCUGGCUUGCCAGGAGUAGAUGCUCGUGAGGGCAUCCCAGGAUUGCCAGGCACUAAGGGUAUCCCUGGCAAACCGGGUCCUCCUGGUGAAGCUGGCAGUCAAGGCCUUCCUGGUUUGCCAGGCAUUCCUGGUGCUAAGGGGGUGAGCGGACCGAAGGGAAAUUCUGGUGAUCCAGGUGUGGCAGGACCAAUUGGAAACAAUGGAAAACAGGGUGAACGUGGUGAACAGGGAGAAGUGGGACCAAUAGGACCAAGAGGUGGGCCAGGUGAGAGAGGGGUGAGGGGUCCAGACGGGCCUCAAGGGCCGCCAGGUGAAAGGGGACCUAAAGGGAAUCUCGGUCUACCUGGCGUUCCAGGUGAACCUGGUUUUCGUGGUCAACAAGGUGACAGGGGCGGAGUUGGUCUAACUGGUCCCAAAGGCGAGCAGGGGGCACCCGGUGAGGAGGGCACUCCAGGUGAAAAAGGGGACGUUGGUGAUCAAGGAGAACCAGGCGAGAAAGGAUCGAUUGGAAAACCAGGUGAUAUCGGAAACAAAGGUCCAGAGGGAAUGCGUGGACAGCCGGGAACUGAAGGUGACUCGGGACAGCCAGGACCCAGAGGCAUGCAGGGAGAACGGGGAGACCGUGGUUUACCUGGCAUACAAGGAAAACCGGGUCGAGGACCAACAGAUGAACACAUCAAGCAUGUCUGCAUGAGGGUUAUGCAAGAACAGCUCGCUCAGCUUGCAGCAAGCCUGACAAGGCCACCAUCUGGCAUUGCCGGGUUGCCAGGUCCUCCUGGCCCUCCCGGCUCCCCUGGCUCGCCUGGAGUGAACGGCUUCCCAGGACAUGCUGGAGCUAGAGGAUUGCCAGGUCUUAAAGGACCUCCUGGAAAUAUUGGACUAAAAGGACCUAAAGGUGACAUGGGAGACAGAGGAGACAGAGGGCCGACACUACACGGGUCUAAAGGCAUUCCUGGGCCACCAGGUCUUCCAGGUGAACCAGGGCAGCCUGCAUAUGGCAACAAUGGGCGUGAUGGGAUGAGAGGACCUCCUGGUGUACCCGGGAUGCCUGGCAUUCCAGGACCUCCUGGGCCUUCUGGUCUUAACGGAUACUGCGAGCCAUCACAGUGUGCCCUCAGAGCAGUAGAUCCAGCACCCUACAAAGAGUCCGGCAUGAAGGGACCAGAUGGACUUUAAAGUGGCUGCAAAACUAAAUCUCAGAGACUAACAGAAGGAAAACCCUUCACCAAAUGCAGUCUGACUUUUCAGGGGUAUCCAGUGUAGUAGUUUUUCUGCAAUCACACUAUGACUGGUAUGUCCAGAGUGAAUUCUGUUUUUCUUUAACGCUAAACCAUGGAUGAAUUUAAGCCUUGAAAUAUUUGAGACAUCUUUACAUUCUGAAAAGGCUAACUGUUCCAGUAUGCAGAAAAGGACUUGAAACAGAUGAAUAAAAGACAUUAACUAAUUCUUUUUUUUUUUCAAUUAUACAAAAACUUACAUAAUACAUCCAGGGGAGUUAUUUUUAAUUCAAAGUAUACCAGUGCACUCCUGUUUUUUAAAGUAACCAUACAAAAUUGUGAAAUGAAAUAAAUCUUAUUGUAUAGUCACAUUUAAAAUGCCAAAUGUUUAUACAUUAGUACAUAAUGUAAAUACAGUGUAUCUUUACCUCACAUUGACUGUUCUUCAUAUCCAACUGUUAAAUCUUUAAAAUUAAAAAAAGAAAAAAAAUCUAAAUCAGUGUAAAUCCUUUAAACGUUAAAAAAUCUGUUCUGAUGCAAAUCUGUUCAGUUACAUGAAAUUAAGUCUUUAUCUAAAUUUGACCACAAAAGCACAGUCAAUAUGUGAACUUUUCACUGAUAUUAUUUAUUUUCUAAAGGGUUAAAUGUCACACCUACAGUUUGUGAAAAUGGGUUAAUAAAUGGUUUUGAUAAA